AUGGGACAAGGAAAUAAAGCCAACUUGCACAAACAGGUUGGAAAUUCGGGCCGCAAAAUUGAUUUCUCCAGUGAACGACGAAACAUGAAAAACAUCUGGUCUGUGGCAAUGGAUGGCAAGUUUGUUUUUUUUUUCAACCGGGCGUUCGGAUCAUAUUUAAAGUACACGGGGGUCGGCCCUUUAGAAACGUCAACACGAUUGUUACGGGAAUAA